AUGACGGCCAGUCCACCUCUGACGGGCGUCCGCGUCCUCGAACUCGCCGGUUUGGCUCCAGGCCCCUUUUGCGGUCUUCUCCUCGCAAACUGGGGGGCCAAUGUCCUGCGCGUCGAUCGUCCCGGUCCAACCUCCAGCAAUGACCUCUUGACCAGCCACAAACGUUCCGUCGCCUUGGAUCUCAAGAACCCCUCCUCCAUCGCCGUCUUCCUGUCCCUCGUCUCAGUUGUCGAUGUCCUCAUCGAUCCUUUCCGGCCCGGUGUGUUGGAGAAACUCGGCCUGGAUCCCGAAACCGUUCUGCUCAAGAAAAACCCCCGCCUCAUCGUGGUGAGACUGACCGGUUUCCGGCGCGAUGGGAAAUACUCGGCAAUGGCGGGCCACGACAUCAACUAUCUCGCCGUGUCCGGUGUGCUGUCGAUGCUGGGUGCGAAGGGCUCUCCGCCUUCACAUCCCGCGAACAUCCUCGCAGACUUUGCCGGUGGGGGUCAUGCAGCCUUCACUGGUGUGCUGCUGGCGUUGAUCCACCGCGCAACAAGUGGGAAAGGGCAAGUCGUGAACGCAAACAUGGUCGACGGUGUCAGCUAUCUCGGCACAUUUCCGAGACUGUUGACGAAGAUGCCCAUGUGGAAUGGUGAGCGGGGCACCAACACGCUGGACGGCGGAGCACCAUAUUAUGGGUGCUAUGAAUGCAAGGACGCCGGGAAAUACAUGUCCGUGGGUGCGCUGGAACCACAGUUCUGGGCAGAGCUCCUGAAGGGGCUGAAUUUGACCGAGGAAGACGUCGUCCCGGGUAAGCUGGAUCGGCUGGACAAGCGCGCGUGGCCGUACAUGCGCGAGCUGUUCACGAAGCGGUUCAAGGAGAAGACGCGCAAGGAGUGGGAGGCCAUCUUCGACGGGACCGACGCGUGUUGUGCGCCCGUGCUCGAACACGCCGAGAUGGAGGCGGCCGGAUACGACCACCGACCCAUCGUGGGGCUGACCUCGUCCCCCGCCCGGAAAGUCGAAAUGCAGUGGGACGGCAAGGCCUUGAAGCCGGGUGCGGGCGGCGAGGAGGCGUUGAGAGAGUGGAUGGGCUGGAGCAAUGGAAAGGAUUACGGGAUCUCAGCCAACGGGUGCUUUGAGAAGAAAGAAAAAAGUAGGCUGUAG